GGAAUAUCGACCAAAACAAGGCAAGAGGGGAAUCAGCUGUUUGGUGAGAAAAGUGAGGAUUCUGGUGGAUUCUUCGGGCAGGACGCCAGUGAAUGUGUGUCAAUUAGCAGUGGACGCUACACUAAUGAUGAAGGUACACUUUCGGGAGCAAUACGGCGCGAAAGGGAAUGAGAUUCUCUAUGUGACGCCAGCAGACUCUAUCACGGACCAGGGCACUAUUGUGCGAGUUCCAUUGCAUCCUCACAAGGAGCGCAGUAGCUUGAUCAGGCUCUUCCAGCAGAUCUUCCUGCCGCAAGGAUAUCCGGACAGCGUGAGUGAAGAUUAUCUUGAAUACCAGAUCUGGGACACUGUGCAGGCGUUCUGCAGCACCAUCACCGGCACCCUCACCACUCAUGCAAUCCUGAAAGGAGUGGGAGUGGGCAGUGACGCUGUGAAUCCGCUCUCUGCCACCGUGACGUGGGUGCUGAAGGACGGCUCAGGACAUCUGGGGAAGGUUCUGUUUGCGUGGUGGAAGGGCUCGCAGCUGGACUUGGAUUCAAAGAAGUGGCGCCUGCGGGCAGACGUGCUGAAUGACGUGGCAAUGGGAGUGGAUCUGUUUGUGCUUCCUCUCUUCCCGCAAGCCUCAACGUACAUCCUGUGCGCCACGACCACAAUGAAGGCCAUCGUUGGAGUCGCCGGAGGAGCGACCAGAGCCGCUCUCACGCAACACCACGCAAUCCGUGGUAAUUUGGCCGACGUGGCGUCGAAAGACAGCGCUCAGGAGACGUGCGUAAACCUCGUGGCAUCGAUUGUGGGUCUUUUUCUUCUGCAGCUCAUCCACACGCCCACUGUUCUGUACUCCUUGUUCUCUAUCGUCACUCUACUCCACAUGUACGCUAAUCUGCGGGCGGUGAAGUCUGUGUGCUUGCGCACCUUCAACGAAUCCCGCCUCCUCAUCACACUCGAGGAGUACCUGAAAUCCGGCCGAAUGCUGUCUCCCAAGGAAGUCAAUCGGCUCGAGAGAGUGACAAUCGGACAGACGGUCUCUCUGUCACACAAAGUGUCCAUCGGGCUGUCAGCGAAACAUCUCGUGGAUCACUACAAGACAUCCCACGAGGUGGACAACAUCAUCACGGGAUUCGAUAACAGCGAUCGCUUCAUCAUCGCCGAGACGAGUCGCACGAUAGGGAUUUAUCUGCAUUUCGACGCGAGGCCUCAAGAUGUGCUGAAGGCGUAUUUCUAUGCAGUGUCAUAUCUCCAGGAGGAGGAUCACUCGCAUCAGGUGCGCCAGCAGAAGUACUGGGAGAUCCAGACCAAGUGGAAUGAGUUCUACAGUCUGGCGCAGACUGAGGGCUGGCACACGGCGUCCCAUCUCAUCUUCGUGGAUGAAUUCCGGCUGGAUUGGCGGAUAUGAAAGGAGGCCACGGAGACACACAGUGUCUCCGGGAAGUUGAAGCCACCGCAGAAGUUCCAGAGGUUCCAAUUCUAGUAGUUUCAGCGCUUCUCGCAGACUUCCUUCGCACAUCUUCGGUAUCUUCCUUCGCUGGCAAUAUACUAUGCGCCUUCCGGUCUCCGCUGACCACUUCCUUCGCGGGCACAGUCGGGACAAUUCCGUAUAUUAUGAUAUAUAUAUAGUGUUUUAGUAGAAGUGACACGUAGUGGCAACAAGUGGCUUAAUUCGCUAGAGAGAAACGGCAGAGGUGUGACGUCAAAUUAACGUAGAGCAGAUUUAAUAGCAAUUUUGGAGAAGUAUAUAGCUAUCGCUAAAGAGAAUUUCAAAUCUAGACAAUGAGAUACAUAUGAGAAAACAUGAUAAUUAGGAAUCAUAUCAAUUUUUCGAGGUAAAAUUUCCCAUCGCAAAAUCGUGAAAUUCUCUGUUGUGUUUCUUUUUUUUUUUAGGAAUGAGACUUUGUCUAGUCUUAGAUCAUUUUGUCAACUUAAAUGUGAUACCUUUUGAGAAGACACACCUUAUGCCCGAAUUAGGGGCAAAGGAGGUGAUUGAACUUUUGUCCUAGAAGUAAAUAGUGCACACGAUUUGUGAAUUUUCCAGCAUUUAUUGAACAUUUUCACUUACCUUAGUGAAUAAAGAGAAAGUACACACGUA